AGUGUUUCAACGUGAACACACCACCAUCAUAAUAAUUCUUGCUAUAGAAAAGUCUUCGUCCAAAUACAGCAAUGUGCGUCCGAUAUUCUUGACGAUUUUUCGUUUUUGAAAUUUGUUUUCGUGUACGACUUUUUUUGUUUUGUGUUUUUGUAUUUAUUUUAUUGUUAUUAAUUUAAUUUUAAGUGCUUAAGUGGUUUGAAGUUUUCAAAGAGGAAAGACAAAAUUACAAGAAAGAUAUUGUCUUUUGUCCCAAAGUUGUAUAAUUCUUUGUUUUUUUUUUUGGAAAAUUAUUGUCUUGUUUUCUUUCGUACCUGCAGUUUUGUGAUUUUAAAAUUGAAAACAUAAAUAUUAAAGAAAAUGAUGGUGCAAAAUAAUUAUUGUGUUGUGCAAAUUGUAGUUUUGACAUUUGUCUUCUACUCAACCACAAACGGAUUCAAUUUCUCACCAAAACCCAGCUUCAGCCUGAGGGAGCCAAGCUUGAAGGCCUUCAUGCCAAAGUUACAAAGUUCAUAUUUUGGAUUUACAAUAAACUUGAGAACCUCAAGUGUUAUUGUUGGUGCUCCACGUGCUCAAUCGACACUCGAAUCACAGCGACGAAUUAACGAAACUGGCGCCAUUUAUAAAUGUACCAUUGCAACUGGUACAUGUGCGCCAUUUAUUUUCGACGAUACAGGCAAUAUAAAUGACGAAAAUAGUGCCUACACUUAUGACUCCGAGAAAAAAGACCACCAAUGGUUGGGUGCUUCUAUGGACGGUGGCCCCAGAGACACAGACAAGCUGGUAGUUUGUGCUCCAAGACUUAUAGCUAAUUUGGCAAGUGAUUAUCUUAUGCAUGGUAUUUGCUAUUGGACACCAGACACACUCAGUGACAAUCCACUGAGGGUCAAAGAAAUUUCACCUCUUCGAUUGCAAUCUAACCAGGUUAAGGAAAAAUAUGGAACGAGAUAUUUCUAUCAUAUGUUCGGUGAGCAAGGUUUGAGUGUUCAUGUGACGAGUAAUAAUGAAGAGAUUAUUAUUGGAGCUCCCGGCAUCCACACUUGGAGGGGUUCUGUCAUUCGUUAUCAUCCCAAAUCCGAAGACGAUAAUAUCGGAAUGAGUCGAAGGGACCUAGAAAAACAUCGAAUUCCCCGUCAAACUCAAGAAAUCAAAUAUACCACAGAGGUGCCCAAUCCUGAUCUUUGGAAACAGGACAGCGAUUCAUAUUUCGGCUACUCUGUUGGUUCGGGAUAUUUUGACAGUACUUUACCGAAUAAAAUUUAUUAUGUUGCCUCAGCUCCUCAAGCCAAUCAUCAGUCUGGAGAGGUGUACAUUUUUGACAUAAUCAAGACUCCAAGUGGAGAAUACUUUUCGAUCAAAAAGUUCUACACAUUCCGUGGCUCACAAUUCGGAGAGUAUUUUGGCUAUGCUGUAUUGGCUGAAGAUUUAAAUGGCGAUGGAUUGACUGAUCUCAUAGUUACUGCCCCACAAUACAGUUCAGAUGACAUUGUUGAACAAGGAGCAAUUUAUGUCUUCAUCAACAAGGGAAGGUUUGUUUUCGAACUUCAGAAAGUUAUCAAAUCUCCAGUCGAAGGAAUUGGCCGGUUUGGUUCGUCAAUUUCAAAACUCGGUGAUAUCAAUCGUGAUGGAUUCAAUGACAUUGCUGUUGGAGCUCCAUUUGCUGGGAAUGGAACUGUCUUCAUCUAUCUAGGCAGCGCCAAGGGUCUUCGUGAGAUCAGCAGUCAACAAUUGAGUCCAGGUCCAAUCACCACAACUUGGUCCUCAAAGCCAAUGUUUGGACAUGGUCUAUCCAAGGGUUCCGAUAUCGAUAAUAAUGGCUUCAAUGACUUAGCUAUUGGUGCUCCAAAUGCUGAAUCGGUGUUUGUCUAUCGUUCGUAUCCGGUUGUCAAAAUUCAUGCAACCAUUAAUUCACUGAGUCGUGAAAUCAAACCUGAUCAGACAAAAUUCCAAAUUAAAAUAUGCUACCGACUUUCAACAACAUCACAAAAAAUCCAAAGUCAAGAUAUUGCCAUACGAGUUAGUGUCGAUCCUCAAGUUAAACGGGUAACGCUAUUACAAACUAAUUCAGCUGAAUUGGCUUUUAAUGCAGCAGUUGGAACAGAAAAUCAAUGCCGUUUGCUUGAUGCAAAUGUUAGAUUUAAUACAGCUGAUAUAUUUAAGCCGAUUGAAUUAGAAAUGCAUUAUGAUCUCAUUAAUGGAGUUCCAGAUUCCGAAGAAUUUUGUGAUAGAUGCGCUGCAGUUGAUCCAGCUGAGCCAAAAGUAAAUAUUGAGAAAAUCAUAUUUAGCACAGGAUGUAAGACUGAUAUUUGCACAGCUGAUUUAAAAGUCACAAGCUCUGGAUUAAGUCCAACAUAUAUUCUUGGAAGUAGUAGAACAAUUUCGGUAACUUAUGAAGUAACAAACUCAGGCGAAACAGCUUAUCUACCUCAAAUCAAUAUCACAUCAUCAAAUAAAAUGCCAUUUAAUAAAAAACCAGCAUCCUGUGAUCAACAUGGCGAUGUUCUUUUGUGUGAUCUUAAUCGUGGACAACCAAUAUUUAAAAACGACAAACAAAGUAUAACGAUUGUUUAUGAUGUCAGUCACAUUGAAGGAUCAUCAAUUACACUAACUGCAGCAGUCUUCAGUACAGGACAAGAACAAAACCCAUCCGAUAAUAUUGUUAGAGAUUUUAUUGCUUUGAGAGAAUUUACAGAAAUAGAAGCAAUUGGCAAACCAUUGACAGCACAUAUUAAUUUGGAGAAAGUAUUUAAUUCAGCUGAAAUAAUCAAUAGUUACGAAAUAAAAAGCAGCGGUCCAAGUACAAUUCAAGAACUUGAAAUCGCUUUCGAAAUACCAAUUGCUCACAAGUUUUAUGGAUCAGCUCUUCCAGUUCCUGUCAUUGACGUCAGUAAUAUCACCGUCCAGGGUGUUUACAACAGUCAGCUGCUUUAUGUUGAACUUUAUCAGGAUAAAACACUGUUGUUAGUAAAUCCAACUGAAAUAUCAAUGUCAUCAACACGAACAAUUAUCACAGAAAACGGAAAUCAAAUAAUUUAUCAGUCUUCUAAAACAAAUUCAGUUCAACUUGGCAAAGAUACUGACAAACUUUAUGCAGCAGGAGCUCAUAGACGGCGUCGUAAUAUUGAACAAGUGGCGCCCAACAAUGAGUACAUUAGAGCAGCCCAAAAGAAAUCACACGAACUUCUCACCGAAGAACUUAUGGGACUUCUACCAAUUAAUCGAACAAUUGUUUUCAGCUGUUUAGAUCCCGAAACAACCACAUGUGCAAGAGCUGUUAUGAAAGUUAAUAAUUUUGUUCCUGAUACUCCAAUUACCAUCACUCUCAAAUAUCAUGUCGAUUUGAAUGAGGUCAAUAAGAUUCUAAUAGAACCUUGGGAAUUCUUUGUGAUAAUCACAAAAUUGGAUAUUAUUAAAGUUGGUGAUUUGGAUGGAAAGUCUACACAAAUCACAAGAAAGAUGGAAUACAAUGUGAUAUCCAAACAUCAGCUGUACGGAACACCAUUGUGGGUGAUAAUCCUUGCAAUAUUGGGUGGUCUCCUAGUUCUAGCAGCAAUAGCCUAUGGCAUGCAUAAGGCUGGAUUCUUUAGAAGAAAAACAAAAGAAGAAAUGGACAAACUUGUUCAAGAACGUCAAGAAGCAGAAGAUACCGAAGACGAAGGUUAAGGAUAGAAAUCUUAGAGCUCAUUGUUAUUAUCUAUGGUCUCCAUUUUGCACACCUGCAUUUCUGCUGCUAGUUUGGCAGAAUUAUUCUAGGAUGCGCACAAAAUUGCACAAAUCACUUAAAAAAUACCAAAUGUUUAUACAUGUAAUGAUAAAAUGAUUACAAUAAUUAUAAUUUAAUGUAAUUUUCUUUUUAUAAUUAAGUUUUAUAAGUUAAAGCUGCCAUGUAAAUUAUUAAAUUAUUAUUAUUAUUUUACCUCUUUCAAUUUAUUUCCAGUCCAUUCGCAUAAGAAAAAAAAGAGAAAUUAAAAAAGGACUUUAUUUUAAUUUUAAUGUAUAAUUUACAUUGUACAAUAAAUUAUCAGUAAGUAGGCAAUAAAUAAAUAUUUUAAGAGUGAUAUCCUGUCUAGAUUUAUUAUAUUAUUAUUUUUAAAAAAAUAAGAAACAAUUUUUGUAAAAAUGAAAUCUAAUGUAACUAUUUUAAAAAGACAGAACUAAGUUCUAUCAAAUGUGUCUUGUAUAAAAAGUCAUAAUUGUAUAGUUAGGUAUUUUUUUAUUAUUUUUAUAUAAUAAAUUGUUAUUUUUAUAAAUUUAAUUCAUUUAA